AGAGAGAUUAGAUGGCACUGGGUAGUCAACAAAAGUCGUGCAAAGUUAGCUGUCUAGGACGGGGUUUGCUCUAAAAAGUGCCCUACAUCAGACGGAGACAUUUAAGAGCGGUGAAGGUUUAUUAUUAUUAUUUUUUUUAAACAACCACGUAAAAAUGAGAGCCUCUUCCCCGCUGCUAUUUUUUGGGAUUUGCCUCAAUGCACUUUUCCUCCUGGCCAGCUGUGAAGAGCAGCAAAUCCCUCAAGACAAACUUCUAGUUGUGACAGUUGCAACCAAAGAGACUGACGGCUUCAGGCGUUUCUUGAGAUCGGCAAAGCACUUCAACUACACUGUCAAGGUGCUUGGCCGAGGGCAGAAAUGGAAAGGAGGCGACUACAUGUCAGCUCCAGGAGGAGGCCAGAAAGUCAAACUCCUCAAAGCAGCUCUGGAAAAGAUGAAGGACAAAGAGAAGAUCAUCCUCUUUAUCGACAGCUAUGAUGUGGUUUUUGCCUCGGGGCCCAAAGAGCUGCUGAAGAAGUUCCAGCAGGCCAGACACAAGGUGGUAUUCUCCUCCGAGACCCUGAUUUGGCCCGACAGGCACCUGGAGGACAAAUACCCCCAUGUCAGGGAGGGCAACAGGUUCCUGGGCUCGGGGGGUUUCAUUGGCUACCUUCCCAAUAUCAAAGAGAUGGUUACUGGCUGGGAUGGAGAAAACCAUGAGAGUGAUCAGCUCUUCUUCACCAAGCUGUAUAUCAACCCAGAAAAAAGAAAAGCCGUAAAUAUGACAAUAGACAGCAAAUGCAGAUUGUUCCAGAAUCUUCAUGGAGCUCUUGAUGAGGUGGUGCUGAAGUUCGAGGAUGGGCGGGUGCGAGCCAGAAAUGUCUUGUAUGAUACCCUACCUGUCAUCAUUCAUGGGAAUGGACCAACCAAGCUCCAGAUCAACUACCUGGGUAACUACAUCCCCAAAGUGUGGACAUUUGAGACAGGCUGCACGGUGUGUCAUGAGGAUCUACGGCCCCUCACAGGUCUCAAGGAGAGUGAGUAUCCACUGGUGGUGAUUGGCAUCUUCAUCCAGCAGCCCACCCCCUUUGUCACGGUGUUCUUCGAGCGCCUACUGAAACUCCGUUACCCCAAGAACAGGCUCAAACUCUUCAUUUACAACCAGGAGCCUCAUCAUGAGCAGCAGGUCAGCUCCUUCCUGCACGAUUAUGGAAAUCUUUAUCAGGAUGUCAAGUUCAUUGGACCUGAGGAGGAAAUGGACAGCGCCACCUCACGCAACGUUGGCUUUGAUAUGUGUCGUCAGGACAAGGACUGUGAAUAUUUCUUCAACUUGGACAUUGAAGUGGUGCUAAAGAAUGAGGACACACUCAAAAUUGUCGUUGAACAAAAUCUGCCUAUUGUUGCACCGAUGAUAACUCGGGUUGGCCGACUGUGGAGCAACUUCUGGGGAGCGCUCAGUGCAGAAGGCUACUACGCCAGGUCUGAGGACUACGUGGAUAUAGUUCAAGGGCGCAGGCUGGGCGUGUGGAAUGUCCCCUAUGUGUCCAGCGUGUUCUUAGUGAAGGGCAGCCUCCUGCGAUCAGAGCUCUCAGAGCACGACCUGUUCACCUCAGACGUCUUGGACCCUGACAUGGCUUUUUGUGACAAAGUUCGCAGCAAGGGCGUCUUCAUGUAUGCGACCAACAUGCACACCUUUGGUCGCAUCCUGUCAACAGAAAACUACGAGACCCAACACCUCCACAACGACCUGUGGCAGAUCUUUGAAAACACACUGGACUGGGAGGAACGCUACAUCCAUGAGAACUACACCCGCAUAAUGAAAGACAAGCUAAUUGAAACUCCUUGUCCUGAUGUGUACUGGUUCCCGAUCUUCUCUGACAUCGCUUGUAACCACCUGGUGGAAGAAAUGGAACACUUUGGACAGUGGUCGGGUGGUGGAAAUAAGGACACCAGAAUCCAAGGUGGCUAUGAGAACGUCCCCACCAUUGAUAUCCACAUGAACCAAGUGGGCUACGAGAAAGAGUGGCACAAACUCUUAUUGGAUUACGUAGCACCAAUAACAGAGAAAAUGUAUCCUGGUUACUACACAAAGGCUCAAUUUGACUUGGCCUUUGUAGUUAGAUAUAAGCCAGAUGAGCAGCCCUCUUUAAGGCCCCACCAUGACGCCUCCACAUUCACUAUAAACAUUGCGCUCAAUGAAGUGGGCCAUGAUUACCAGGGCGGUGGCUGCAGGUUCCUGCGCUACAACUGCUCCAUUCAGGCUCCUCGUAAAGGCUGGGCUCUCAUGCACCCCGGCCGCCUCACCCACUACCACGAAGGUCUGCCCACCACCGCCGGCGUCAGAUACAUCGCAGUUUCAUUUGUGGAUCCCUGAACUCCCACAGCUCACACACCACAGGCCAUAUCCUUCAGAUUUGUGUAAAAGUGUCUGCAUGUGCACGUUUGAUGCCCUGAAACUUUUCAGAAUUAGUGCCGUCACUAAAAUGGCACUGACAGGCUGUGGAAGCCAUUUUUUUCCGCCAUUGAAUUCCUCUGUUGUAAUGUCAUAAUCCCUAUUCAAGCAGAACAAGUUUUAAAGAAGUGUCAGCGGCAUAUUCACAUGUAAUUAGUCCCCAAAAUGACAGGGAUGGAAUUCAUGUGGUGUCAUCACACCGACACUGUUAUCAUUACAUUGACAAGCUCAAACAAGCAUGAAGAAAAGUCCCACCUGGAUCAGAGAUGAGGCUUUGGGUUUGGUGUGGGUUUGAGGUGAACCCCACGCUUAAGUGCAGUUUGAACAGAUGGUCUGUUAAUACACAAAGAGUUAUUUCACAGUGGAAAUGAUCCGGUAUUUGCAGACAAUCUCAGGGACGCCACAUCAGUCAGGAAGAGUGUUUCUUUCCCCCUUCUUGGUGGAAAGUGGAAAGACAGGAAAGACGGCAGCUGGGAGUUUCACCUCUUACAGGAGAUAAAUUUGAUUGUAAUGGAGGAAAACCAACUGGCUGCCACCUGUGACAACUUGCAUUUUCACAACGGCUCCAAUUAUGAAGAAUGUUCUUGGCAUCAAACUGUACAUAUAUACUAAUUUUGGUGCAGGUUAUUACAUAAAUCUGAAGCGUUUGCAUAGAUUUGGCUUGGACUACAUAUGGUAAAGCCUGGAUCCAUGGACCUUCAGUUCAUGGAGUGAAGACCUUGUGGAGGGGGAAGUCUAGUUGUAGCUGAAAUCCAUUUUAGCCUGUUGUGCCUUGAGCUGGACGCCUCUCUCAGGAAAACUCCAGGAGUUCAGCUUAGACUUCUUUCAAGACAAAUUUCAAAUUUUUAUAUUUUGGAAUUUUAGUUUGACUUAACUGAACUGAACAUUUUUUUUUAAUGUUACAGCCAAAGUUGUUUUUAUAAUUCAGUGUUUCUUGAAUGCAGACACUCCAAAACUCCAAAGCUUAAAUAAUUUUAAGGCUGUCCUAUUUAUAUUUGUAUGUCUUAUUUGAAUAAAUCCCAAAGAUCUGUUUGUAUGAAUGUGCAAUAUCAGAGCCCCUGGGUAAGAUUUCAUGUUGAAAUCAGAGCUCAGCUUUUCCUUCUCAGAUCAAAGUUCUAAAUUUAUCAAAGCACACGGAAGUCUUCAAUUGUUGUAAUAUCCUGCUGUUACAAACAUUACUGUGCUUUUAACCAGUUGUUAAUAAAACACUGAAUCCAACUACAGUAUCUGAACAGUA